AUGCUUGCUUGUCGCUACCUUCGCGGUGCAUCCACUCGCUGGGGCCUCCGCCGUGCUACUCCACACAUCCUACCCAAUCGACUUCCUACGCCAGCAACCCCGCUCAACUUACGGCCUUUCUCCAAGAUCGUGCACGAGUCGCCGCACCCGGAUGUGAAGAUCCUCAACAAGACGGUCUGUGACGUCGUCGGCGAUCAGCUGAGCGUUAAUGCGGACAAACCCGCCUUCAUUGAUGGCAUCAUGCAUGAGCGCGUCACUUUCAAUCAGCUCCAUGAGCGGGCCAGGAAGUUGGCGGUUGCUCUAGCAAAGGACGGUGUGAAGAAGGGGGAUGCGGUCAUCGUACACUCGUUCAACUGCUUGGACUACCCCACGGUGGUGCUCGGCGCGGUUUGUUCUCCUGCGUCACACAUGUUCCUCCAGGGCGAGCUGGCAGUACAGAUCAAGGCGGCGAAGGCCAGGUACAUUAUUACUCACAAGGAGCUGGAGACAACUGCCGUUGAGGCAGCCCAAUUGUGCAGCUUGGAGAUGAAGUUUAUCUACACGAUGGGUGGUGGGGAAGGCAUCGGAAGAGGCCUCAAAAGCGUUGGCGAGCUGAUUCAGCACGAUGACGAUUCGUUUCAGCUCGAGAAAAUUGACCCGAGGAGCAAUGUGCUGCUGCCAUUUUCCAGCGGAACAACGGGUGUUCCCAAGGGUGUUGCGCUGAGUGCGAGAAAUACUCUAUCUAACGCGCUCCAGAUCAAUCACGUGGAGGAUCUAAGUGGAACGUCAGUUGGGCUGAUGCCGUUCUUCCACAACUAUGGUGUCAUGUUGAUGCAUCUGUCGAUAUACCAGGGAGCUGCCAAGGUGAUUUUGCCUCGGUUCGAGCCGGAGACAUUCCUCAACACAUUAUCCACGUACAAGAUCCGCGUGGCGCACAUUGCUCCUCCACUAGCGUUGUUCCUUGCCCACCACCCCCUCGUUGACAAAUACGACAUCUCGGCAAAGUAUUCCUGGUUUCAGCGGGCGCACCGAUGGCAAACGUACGGCCAAAGCGAGACUUCGCAUGGAGUCAACUAUGCUGAAGAUAACAACUGCAAGCCGGGAAGCGUUGCUCGCUUGCUGCCGAACACCCAGCUUCGCGUGAAAUGCACCGCCACCGACAAGGAUCUGGGAGUGGGCGAGCACGGGGAACUGCUGCACAAGGGCCCGCAAGUCAUGCUGGGCUACUCGAACAACGCCGAGGCGAACGAGAGCGUGUUCGCCGAAGACGGAUUCUUGCGCACUGGUGACAUCGGCUUCAUCGAUGAGGACGGCUUCGUCUUCAUCGUCGAUCGAUUGAAGGAGAUGAUCAAGUAUAAAGGCCACCAGGUAGCCCCGGCUGAGCUGGAAGACGUGCUGCACCACCAUCCGCAGAUCUCUGAUGCCUGCUGCAUCCGAGGACAAAACUCCGUCGGCGAGGAGGUGCCAAAGGCCUACGUAGUGCUAAAGGACCCGAUGAACGCGGCGGGGCUCACGGAAGAGGACGUGAUGGACGUUGUUGCCUCCAAGGUCGCGCCCAUCAAGAAGGUGCGGCAGGUGGAGUUCAUCGACGCGAUCCCCAAGAGCGCCACUGGCAAGACUCUGAGCAGUAAGCUCCAGGUUUACGAGAACCAGCAGCACCAACUGGCCAACACAGCCUAA